AUGGAUGAUCGUAAAAAAGAUGGUAUGAAUAACCAAGCUGAUCGUGGUAAGUCGUCUUUGCAGUUCAAGAGUUAUUCCAACAUGGUUUUGCCGAGAAGGGGUAUUGUCAUCAAUGAUCCUAAGCCGAUCAAUGUCAUCGAUGAACUAACCAAAGUUACGGUUUCAGUACCGUUAGAUAAGCCGGUGAACCUAGGGUCUGAUUGUGGUGAACUGAAUUCUAGUAAGGAUGGGCAAGAUGUGGACAAAGGGAUUAGUGGGGAUAAUGCUAGUUCUUCGAAAGCAAGAUCAUAUGCUGAUUCGUUAUUUACUAACAAGUCUUCAAAGCUGAAUUUUAGAGCUCUUGCUAGCGAAAGUGUCCAUGAGGGGUGUGAUGUUGUUCUUCCAAAGGAAUCUGUGCGGGUAGUUCGAGACAAAAUGGCUAACACCCUAUAUGGUUAUUUUCUGGGGGAUCGGGUAGCCUAUCCAGUGGUUGAUUACUUCGUGCGUAACAACUGGAAAAAAUAUGGUGUCCAGAAAUCUAUGAUGAACGCUAAUGGGUUCUUUUUUUUCAAGUUCGCGGAUGAAGCAAGUAUGCUGAAUGUUUUGAAAGAUGGCCCUUGGAUUAUUCGGUCGCAACCUUUAUUUCUUGAAAUUUGGAGCCCGACUUCAAAACUAGAAAAAAAGGAAGUAAAGAAAGUGCAGAUUUGGGUUAAAAUUCAUGAUGUUCCAAUUGCGGCUUACACGGAGGAUGGUUUGAGUAUGAUUGCAACCACGAUUGGUGAGCCUAAACUUUUGGAUUCUUACACUUCGACUAUGUGUAUGGACAUGUGGGGCCGGAGUAGCUAUGCAAGAGCAUUAAUAGAGGUUUCGGCUGACAAGUGCUUAAGGGAGAAGGUUACUUUAGCGAUUCCUGAACCAGAGGGGGAGGGUUUUAUUAAGGAGUCCAUGUCGGUUGAGUAUGAAUGGUCCCCUUUGAGAUGCGGUCAUUGUUGUGUUUUUGGGCACUCCGAUGAAGCUUGUCCUAACCAACCUAAACAGCAGGGUAAUAUCCGUAAUGAUAAUAGGGCUGGUAAGAAGCCUGUGAUCGAUGAGGAGGGUUAUACAGGUGUGCAUGGAAAGAAGACUGCUAAGAAAACUGGUUUCCCGGUGAAUAAGCCGAAACCAAAGUUCGAGUAUUGGCCUGUUGGGUCUAAGAAAAAUCAUGUGCCGGGCAGUGGGUCAUCCGAAUCUAACUUUCAAUCCACUAAUCCUUUUGAUGUUCUUAAUAAUUUAAGUGGUAAUGAGGAGGAAGCCGGUAGUAAGCCAGCGGAGGUUCACGUGGUUGAUGACGAGGCUGAGGUAGAAGACGAGUUUGAGAAAAGGGACGAGUAUGAGCUCGAUGAUUUCUUGUGUCAAGGUACUCUUAAGAAUGAUAAUAAAAAAGGGGCAAGCACUCCUUCUUCGUCGGGUUAUCAUGUGGUUUAUGCCGCCAACUAUUAUGUUUCUCGUAGGGAGUUAUGGAACCAUCUCGGUUUGCAUAAAGCUCUUGUCGGUAGUGAGCCAUGGGUUAUGCUAGGAGAUUUUAAUUCAGCUCUGUAUCUGGAAGAUAAGUCUAUGGGGUGUUCGUCGUUUUCAGCUAGCAUGAGAGAGUUUCAAACAUGUGUUAAUGACAUUGAAAUGCUGGAUUUGAAUCGUUCGGGUCUUCACUUUAUGUGGAGUCAAAAGCCUAAGAAGGGGAUCGGUUUAAUGAAGAAAAUUGAUAGGGUCAUGGGGAAUUCUCAUUUUAUAUCUCAAUACCCAAAUGCGGUCGCUGUCUUUUGUCCAGCUCGGUUAUCGGAUCAUAGUCCUAGUGUUCUCAAAAUUCCGGUUGUUGGGAAGGUAAAACACAAGUCCUUCAAGUUUGCUAAUUUUCUUGUUCAUAAGCCUGAGUUUUUAGACAUUGUGAAGCGUAUGUGGGAUAUGGAGGUUAGAGGCGUGUUUCAGUUCUCAGUUGUGAAAAAGCUUCGGAUGCUAAAAUCGCCUCUUCGUCAGUUGCUCUUUAAGCAGGGCAAUUUGCACAAAAAAGUUCAAGGUUUACGUGUUGAUCUUGAUGGGAUCCAGAAAGAGAUUGAUAAUGAUCCGGCUAGUUUGGGUCUUCGUGAGAAAGAAACUACUAUUCGCUGUAAAUAUCAAGAAGCUUUACUGGAUGAAGAGCGUUUCUUAAAACAAAAGUCCAAGGUGGAUUGGUUGGCAGUUGGGGAUAUGAAUUCGGCUUUUUUCCAUUCUUCUCUUAAAAACAAAGUUCAUUAUAGUCGCAUCAAUGUUAUUCAGGAUGUUAGUGGGAAGGUGUACGAGGAUGACCUAGUUCAACUAGCUUUUGUUAAUCAUUAUGAGAACUUUUUGGGUCAACAAGGUGAUACGUCGCUUAACCCGGCUUCAGAGUUAUUUUCGAACAAGUUGAAUGUUGAUGUCGCGGGUCACAUGGUGCGUCCAGUUACAGCCGAUGAAGUUAAAAAGGCGAUGUUCUCGAUUGGUUCAGAUAAAGCUCCGGGUCCUGAUGGUAAGUUGCUUAGGGAAUUGAACCACACGAUUAUUGUUCUCCUCCCCAAGACCUCCUCUCCAUAUGUGGUUACGGAUUAUCGUCCGAUUGCUUGUUGCAAUGUUUUAUACAAGUGCAUCAGCAAGAUUGUUGCUGAAAGAAUUAAAGUGGGUUUGAAUGAUAUUGUUAGUGUCAACCAAUCAGCUUUUGUGCCAGGCAGGAAGAUUUCAGAUAAUGUUUUGCUAACUCAAGAGUUGAUGCAUAACUAUCAUCGUAAUAUCGGCCCUCCGAAAUGUGCGUUCAAAGUGGAUAUUCAAAAGGCUUAUGAUACUGUUGAUUGGAAGUUUCUGAAAGGAAUUUUGUUUGGUUUUGGCUUUCAUCCUAGAAUGGUUCAUUGGAUUAUGUUGUGUGUGUCCACCACAACAUAUUCGGUUUGUGUUAAUGGCGAAGUUCAUGGUUUCUUCAAGGGUAACAGGGGUUUACGUCAAGGUGAUCCGGUUUCUCCUUAUUUAUUUACUCUCGUCAUGGAAGUCCUUACAGCCAGCUUACAGCAUAUGGUUAAGAUUGAUAAUUCGUUUAAAUUUCAUAACAAAUGCGAGCGUCAACAGAUUAUUAAUUUAUGUUUUGCGGACGAUUUGUUUAUUUUUGCGAAGGGAGAAAUUGCUUCAGCUAGGUGUAUUAUGAAGGCUCUGGAUUCAUUUUCUAAAAUGUCGGGUUUGGUGCCUAGCGUUCAGAAAAGUACUGUGUUCUUCUCGAAUGUUCCAUCAUAUGUGAAAUCAGCUAUUCUGAAUCUUAUGCCUUUUAAGGAGGGUUCGCUGCCUGUUAGAUAUUUGGGUGUGCCCCUUAUUUCUUCGCGGUUGCUUCAAAAAGAUUGUUUUGUUUUAGUGGAAAAGUUUGAGAACCGUAUUAUGCAUUGGAGGAACAAACUUCUGUCUUUUGCAGGUAGGUUGCAACUUAUAAACUCUGUUUUAUCAUCCAUGCAUAUUUAUUGGUCGUCUGUGCUUACUUUGCCGAACCGGAUCAUCCAAAAGUUGGAGGCUUUGAUGCGGAAUUUUCUUUGGUCUCAUGAUACUGCAUUCCAAAAAGGCCGUUCCAAAGUUUCGUGGAAAGCGGUGUGUGUUCCUAAGCUUGAGGGUGGUUUAGGUAUUCGCCGAAUUUGUGAUGUUAAUAUAGCUCUUAUGGCAGCUCAUAUCUGGAGUAUCCUAGCGAGGCGUCAAUCCGUAUGGGUUGAUUGGGUUCACUCCUACAGGUUGAAAGGUGAAAGUUUUUGGGUGUGUAAAAUCCCGUCUAACUGUUGCUGGUCUUGGAGAAAGCUUCUUCAGCUUCGCCCGAUGUUGAGAAAGUUUUUUUGGUCCGAUAUUGGUAAUGGUGCUACUACUUCAGCUUGGUUCGAUACGUGGAGUGACAUAGGGUCGUUGGAUCAGUUUCUCUCGCCAAGAGUCAUUGCUAACGCGGGGUUUAAUUUGGAGUCUAAAGUGGCUGAUGUUCAUUCAGCUAACUCUUGGAGCUGGCCGGUUGCUUGGCGAGACUCUUACCCGGUUCUCAUUCAGCUUGAUAAUGUGUUAUUGCAUCCGAAUAAAGCUGAUAAAGUCUUGUGGCGGCAAGGUGAUCAUAAACAUGAAUUCUCGUCGGCGAGAGUGUGGGAGGCGGUUCGGCAUCAUGAAGCGGAGGUGGAUUGGUGCCGUAUUGUUUGGUUUGGUCAGUGUAUUCCGCGACAUGCGUUUUUAGUUUGGCUUAUCAUGAGAAGAAAGCUGCUUACUCAAGAUAAAAUCCUGAGCUGGGACUUCUCGCGGAGGAAAAACAUGAAUAUGAUGUGUUGUUUGUUAUGUUUUGCUAACCAUGAUUCUCAUAGUCACCUGUUUUUUGAAUGCAAGUUCUCGUCGCAAGUGUGGCUUAUGGUUAGGCAUAGAGCAGGCAUGGAUUCGGUGCAAUCUAAGUGGGAUGAUAUUGUUUCUUGGUUACGAGACCGGUCCGCUUCGAAGUUGGCGUCUGUGUAUGUCGCUAAGUUGGUUGUGGGUGCAACGGCUUACGUAAUUUGGCAGGAGCGGAAUGCUAGAUUAUUCAAGAAUCUGUUGAGGCCCCCGGAAUCUCUAAGUGAAACUAUUAUUCAACAAGUGCGAUACAAGCUGAUGGGAGCGAAGUUGAAGAAUUGUGAAAGUGUUCGAAGACUUCUUCGGGCCUGGGAUAUCAAUGGUUCAGAAUUGCAUGAUGAUGGCGGCUGA